AUGUUUGCAGCGUACGGUGCCCUCGCCUCACCAACCAAUGCAACGGUCGGUGACGUGAGGUGCGUGCGCCACUCUCACGAACUCGUGAAGUUAACAUCAAGUGAAGGUCUUGUCACUUCAGGUAGCGGCGAGACGCGGGCGAUGCUACCGCGCUGUCGUCGCGACACGACGCAUGAAACUCUGAACUCAUUUGGUCGAUUUCUACUUGAACCAUUACCGGGGCAAGAUGGCGGGUUAAGAAGACUGCUGAGAGUUCUUCUGGCAGAUCAGAAGGACAAUUCUGCUGUUGCGGGGAUUACCAGGAACCGUAACUACAUGCUGCCUUGCUACCGCAGCAAUUGUUCUAGAACCACAUAUAUGUAUUUAGCCAUAAUGGUGCCCCACGUCAGUGACGGAGUGGCAGUGGCAUCAAAUGAUAGUGCUGUGUGCGUGUCUUCGUGCGCAUGUAUGUGGUGCGGAGCGCGCGCGGCUGUUCACCCCGCGCACGUCGACAAGGUCGCGGGCGAGACUAGCCUCGGCAGCCACUGUCCGCCUGGCCGUGAGGCUAAGCCGCGUAGCUUCAUCUAG